CCAUAUUCCAAGAUGGCGUCGAAUUCUUGCCCCUCUAGCCUGAGGGAAUGCAACAGCCUUUAGAUCAUCACCGGAGAAGUCCACAGCAUAGCAGGAGAUGCUCUUGGAUAUUAUGUACAAUAUCUACUGGCUGAGAGUACCAGUACACUAGAUGUUCUUGGAUAAUACACGCAUCUAAUUGGCUAACUGUUUCAUCACAUCUGGCAUGCGAGGACAUCAAGUGGUGCUGAAGAAGACAUCACAGUGCUGCCCCUGAUCGAUGUGGGCAAUCUCAAGGAAAGACUGCACCACAGUUAGGAUGGCAUGUGUCUCUGUCUAGACACUGCUUCAGCCAGAAGGGAUGGGGACCCAAGUCAACAUAAAGAAUAAGAUCUCUGCACUGGAUGUUCAAAUCCAUCAAGCAGCGAUUCAUCCGAAGGGCAGAUUCGAAGUGAAUGGCAACUACAUCGAAAAGUGUAAAAUGGCUGAUGUAGAUUCUUUGAAUUUGGAGAAUGGUUUUCUUCCGAAUGGUUUACCAAGAAUUAUCUCCCCUGAUGAUGAGGCCCCAUCAGAACAUCUGUGUAAUGGACAUCAGGAGGAGGUUGAGGAGGGAGAGGAGUCCUCAGGAAUAGCAGAUCAGUCCUGCUCCUCUGGAGAACAUACCAACAGUGCAGAUGCAGUUGAGGGUGAUGAUAACGACAAACUAGUGACUGUUCCAGGGUGUAAUGGUCCUCUCCCACGUGUCACGGAGGAAGUAGAGCAUGUGGACCCCACCCAGGGGGAUUCCACCCAGGGGGACGCCACUCCGGGGGAAUCCGCUCAGUCGGAUUCCGCUCAGGGCAGUGAUUCCGAGAGGACUAAGGGCGAUGAGGAGGACAAAAAGUUUGAUCCUAAGAAAGGAGUACGACUGUCACUAAACCUAAAACAUGCAUUUACUAGUUGUAGAUCUAGCAAAGAUAAGAAUCUCAAAGACAAACCACCUCUACCUGGAACAUUCAAACCAAAGUCAAGACCAGCUCCUCGCCAGUCAUGGCUGUUGCGGUUGUUCGAAUCGAAACUUUUUGACAUGUCCAUAGCUAUUUCAUAUCUAUUCAACUCCAAGGAGCCUGGUGUUCAGACUUACCUAGGUAACAAAAUGUUCAGUUUCCGUGAGGAGGAUGUUGACUUCUAUUUGCCCCAGCUACUCAACAUGUACAUUCAGAUGCAUGACGUCGCCGAGGCCAUACACCCCUACCUAGUGCACAGGUGUCGGAACAGUGUAGACUUCUCCAUCAUGGCGUGUUGGCUGCUGGGAGCAUACUCAGCAGACGUCCUCAAACCAUCAUGGAAAAACUCACAGGGUGUCAAGUUAAAAAAUAUGAUCCUCAAUGAGGAAUUACGUCCCCAACAACACUCCAAGAGCCAGUCUACCGUCACAAGCCCCACCCACCACGGGAUGAUUCUACCUGGAGCCACACCCAACUCGUUAAUGGCAGUGAAGAAAACUCAUCAUCGAUCAAAGUCAGAUGCUACAGGCAUCUAUCUGCGGCACAGUGACAGCACACCCAACAUGCAGUCUGUGGCCGGAGACCUGGCAUCCGGCAGAGCCUUCGACAAUGGGUGCACCUGCCACCAGAGCUCGGAGGCCGUCCUCAACGACCUGACGGGGAAGGAGACACUAUGUAUGUGCGAGGCUCCACGACUCAUGCCCCAGAACGAGUUUGUUCAGGCUCUGAUGAACAUCGGCAGUAGACUACAGCUCCUUCCUACCAAAGAACUAAGAACGUCUCGCCUGAUCGCAGAGCUUGCUAUGUUAAACCUGAACCUCCCUGCCCGUGUGUGGCUGCCUAUAGCUUCACAGGAUCACCAUAUUGUCAGGAUACCCCAUACACAAGCUGUUGUGCUCAACUCCAAGGAAAAGGCUCCGUACCUGCUGUAUGUUGAAAUUCUGGAGUGUGAGAACACAGCGUCCAGCCAGGUGCCGCACAAGCUGCUGGAAAACACACUCCGCUUCACCCGCUCAGAAGAGGACCUGUCUCACUACGCCACACGUACCAACGGCUCCCCCAAACCUGACUUCAGCGUCUACUCCAUGAACGGAGACUUUGAUGACGCCGACUGCUGGUCACAAGAAGAUGAUGAGAUCAUCCAGUUUGCAAUGAAGUGCCGGUCCAGUGACACAAUAUCACAGAUGUCCACCGAGAGUUCAACGAGUGCAGACAGUAAGGACCCUGUGUACAUUGCAGCAGGAGACAUAAGGAGGAGGCUGUCCGAGAAUAUCUCCGCUCCCAAAGGGAAGUUUGAGCGCGACCCUGAGGACCCAUCAGCUGCAGCCCUGAAGGAACCAUGGGAGGAGAAGGUUGAAAGGAUCCGAGAGUCCUCCCCGUACGGUAACCUCCACAACUGGCGACUGUUGUCCGUCAUCAUCAAGUGUGGCGACGACCUCCGACAAGAGCUUCUGGUUUAUCAGGUUCUACAACAGUUGAAGAGCAUAUGGGAACUGGAGCAUGUGCCGCUGCGGAUCCAGCCCUACAAGAUCGUGGUGACAUCCAACGAUAGCGGGAUGAUUGAGCCUGUCAGGAAUGCUGUGUCUCUGCAUCAGAUCAAGAAGCACAGCAAGAAGUCACUGUUGGACUAUUUCAUUCAUGAGUUUGGACCUCCAACAUCGGAAGGGUUUUUGACAGCUCAAAAGAACUUUGUUCAGAGUUGUGCUGGUUAUUGUUUGGUGUGCUACCUCAUGCAAGUGAAAGACAGACACAAUGGGAAUAUCCUGCUGGAUUCAGAGGGUCACAUUGUCCACAUCGACUUUGGGUUCAUCCUGUCCAGCUCUCCAGGGAAAAAUCUGGGCUUUGAGAACUCACCAUUUAAACUCACACACGAGUUUGUUGAGGUGAUGGGCGGUCUGGGUAGUGACAUGUUCGAGUACUUCAAGAUCCUGCUGCUGCAAGGCUUCUGUGUGUCCAGGAAGCACAUGGACAAGAUCCUGCCCAUCGUGGAGAUCAUGCAGACAGGGUCCCAGCUGCCGUGUUUCAGCAAGGGGGUCAGCACGGUGCGGGCGCUGAAGGAUCGCUUCCACUUGAACCUGACCGAGGAACAGCUGCAGCUGCUGGUGGACAACUUGGUGGAGUCCAGUCUCCACUCACUCACUACCAAACUCUACGACGGCUUCCAAUACUUCACCAAUGGCAUCCUCUGAAGCAACAACCAAUGACAGCGAAUCUUACAAAUACCAGAAGAUGCAGAUUCCGUGUUAACAAGCAUUACUAGUCUUCAGUGAAUCAGAAUUUAAACAAUAGAACUGGUUCAUUUACACCCGAGUUGUCAUACUGUGAGAGCUGGUGUUCAGUAGAGAAGGGACUCUUAAAUCAACAUCAAGGAUGGGUGUUCCGAAGAGGAAGAGCUGGUGUUCUAGCAUGGAGCUGUUAGCAGAGGAACAGUCGGUGUUCAGCCGAAGAAUAUGAGUGUUCAGCAGAGGAACAGUCAGUGUUCCGCACAGGAAAAUACAGGGAACCUGAGCGGGAGGUUUGGUAGCAUGGCAUUUGGAUGUUCCUGUGAGAAAGAAUCAUGCCAAGUGUAUAAUAACAAAUAUAUGAUGAAGUGACGCUGUGAUUUUCUUCCAGGAAAGUGUGGGUGAUUCAGAGAAUCUGGUGACCAUAACCAUUGUCAAGUGUAUCGACCUUUCUUUGUCAACUUCUGUGGCAAGAGCUAUUUCAUCUCAUCUGUUGUGGAUAUGUAGAAUAAAACACCUUCAGCUUCUCAUCUGUAGAUAUCAUAAGAUCAUCAAAUUUGGCAUCACUGUACCAAAUAAUUGAAUAAUGUCUCCCAAUAUCAAUUAUGUUGUGACUGUCUUCUGAGCAUGAUGGACAAAUGAUGCGUAUUCCCAGAAAGGAUGUUUGUGUACCGUGAACAAUGAUGGGGACUAAGUACCUAUCUCUGUAUCUUUGAUCCAGACAUUGGACAGGAAGGAUUCACCAUAAUGGUACGCUGUGAAUGAGAUUCCUUUCCAUUGAUGCUGUAAACCCCAAAUGGUUUCUAAUACUUUUCACAACUGAUGUUGGAGCAACGACAACUCUCAUGUGUUAGAACAUGCUUUUGUGAGGAUGAGAAAGGUAAUCUGUGAAUGAAUAGUCUUCAACAACGAUUCACAGAUUACCACGGUAAUGACAUGUCCGAUCAGGACUGGCCACGACUUUAGACAUCCAUAUUGAGGAUGUGCUACAGGCACAAAAGAGGGUAGAAGAACUAUGGAUGUGUUAGUCCUUGUUCGUCAUUUGAUUCCACAUUGAACCACAGGCCAUUCAGGGUUACCAUGUGCUGUGUAUAUAUGUCUGACUGUACAUCAUGAUGUGUGGUGCAUCAGCUGUUGUGUACUACCAUGUAUAAAUGUACCCCGUGGACUAUGUCACAUUGUUUAGAUUCAAAAUGGCUCUCUUGUCAAUUGUGCUACUCACUCAUACAUUUUUAACAAUCAUGGUGAUGCAUUCAUAAUUUAUUAUCCCAACACUAUAGUCAUGCUCUCACAUUUGAGCACAGCAGGUAUGGAGAGUUCUUGUUGGAUAUUGUUUAUACAAUUUUGUGGGACAUAUUUCACCAUCCUCACAAAUUGAUUGAUGGUGUUCAAGCUGAAAACAUGUUGGUUGCCGCUUUGCCUGUAAGGUGUCACGGCAGUCGAAAAUAUGUGAGGCACACUUUCUGAUCUUGUCUCUCUCUUACACGCAGUAGGAUUAAAUGGCAUAUAUUUUUUCUAUUAUCCUUCAUCAUUAGAGCUAUUUUUUACCUCCAUGUGAAGAUUCAUCGUUCGAUAAUCAUUAAUUGUCUUAUGUGUUUCUGAUCACUGUGAUUGUCAUUGUGUCAGUGGUUGUCAGUGAUAUUGGACUCUGUACUUCUGUGUGGUUAUUUAUCAACACUCUGUCAUCUGUCUCCUUGUACAUAUAGUGGAAGUACAGUACAGUACUUUCAGGACAGAAUCAGUAUUUUCUCAAGCAACCUUGCAUGUUUCAGAUCCUGGGUAAGGACAACAGCAAAGUCGAUUGUCUAGUGUAAAUGUUAAGUAUAGAAUUAAAUUAAGAUUUUUACAAAUUCAGCCAUAUUUAGCAUGCUUUGCCUGCAUUCUGUUCUCUUAGGCUUUACACUAACUUUCUGUCAAAUAGGCUUAAGUUCUCUCUCGACCUUACCUUCUUCACAUUCAGUCUAAUAUGCUUGAAAUCUACAUUCACUUUAAAAGAUUUAUUGCUUUUACUCUAUUCUGAAUUUGCCUUUAUUUAUGCACCAAGCAUUCAUCCAGGCAUUUUUUAUUGGCUCAGUGGCUAGUGAUGAAAUUUAGACAAUAUGUCACUGCAGAUUAGUGAUUUGGAUGAAUGAAUAUAUUCACUGAAAGGGUAACAAACUUUCAACAUGUCUUAUAUUUCAGGAUUGCCAAAUUGCAGGAUUUCUGUUGAAGCUUUACUGUGUUUUUGUCACAUCGUGCUAGUCAUGCCCCAGCCAAUGCAAUACAUUGAGAGACAGGAAUAGAGAGAAAGAGGGAGAGAAUGAAUGUGCGCCAACGAAUCAGAUGCUUUGUUGCUUCUGACAAAUAUGCAUUAUCGCCAAAGGUCACAUGUAAAUAUGAGCAUCUUACUUAACAUUCUUAUAACUGAUACCUUAAUGGAUACAUUAGGGGAAAUCUCAAAACAUUUUGGGACGACUUUCCAACUGUGGACUGCUGGUUUGGUGUUCUGUGGAAUUGGUCUGAUCUGAGUUGUUAGGUUUAGUCUAACUGCAAUAUGUGUCAUUAAGUCGAUGUCUUUUGGAGAAACAGUACAAAAGGUUUUGAGAUGGUCCCUGUUGCAUGUACAGCAAUUGAUGUCGUGUUUGUUGAGUAGUCCACUGGAAUGAGCUGGUUUAACAUGUAAUGAAGGGUGAGACAAGCAUGUGGUGUAUCUAAAGACACAGACUGAACAUGCUCUUUGAUGUGAGAGGCAGUGCAAUAAAAAUGUGGCAUUAAUGAAAUUAUCAGACUGCAGCACAAAGGGGAGUGUCCAAGUAGUGUAAUGUAUGUGGGAGUGACGUCAUGCACAGCAAGAGGGACAUUCUCAUGAAUUUUAAACUUGUUAUGUUUUCCAGUUUAUCAUCAUGAUCAUGUUUCUUUUUCAUUUUUAUUAACAUGUUGACACCUACCAGUGAAUAUGGGGAGUUGUCCAGUCAUUGUGAAUAUUUCAUUGAUGUCAUUUCUGGUGUAUUGUCGUUUUAACUGUAAGCAGCUGCAACCCCCUACAAAUAAACAGAAUCGAAAAGCAGAACAUAAGAUAAUAUGUCCUAGAGUUUCUUAAUCAGUCUUAAUCAUUUUGACAUGAUAUAUGAUUGGCAUAACAUGGAAAUUUGAUCAUAUCAAGGUUGUUUUUAAUUAGUUCCUUUUGAAUGUCAGUUUAAGUAUGCAUGCAAUCUCUGGAUCUAACUUAGAAUGUUGAAGGCCAAAAAUAUGGCUUCGAGUCUAAAGUAGAUGUCAUAAAAGUUCCCUAAGUGAGAUUAGAACUUUCAGAGUGAGCUUUUUAUGACUGCAAGUUAUUUUCCUGAUGAAAGGAGAAGGAAAUACUUGAUAACUAGGUUUUGCACUGAAUGCGAUGGUAAUAUGCUUCUGAAAUUAGUGAUAUGGAUUUUUGCAAAAAUACCAUGUUCUGACAAAAUAUUUAUAUUGGGCAUUUCUUCUAAAUUUGUCUCUAAGCAACCAUGGUGACAGUUAGAUAUCAAAGAAGAGUACCUAGUCCAUCAAGAUAGUUUGACAACUGCAUAUGAACAGAAUACUGCUAUAUCAUCCCGUUUGUAUUUUAUUUCUGCACUUUAUUUGACAUCCACCCAUAAUCCUUCUCUACCAUUGAAACUAAUUUUAUUAAUCAGUGUCACAGUCUAUCGUAAGCAUUUUAUAGACUGAUAACAUCUAUCAUGAGACAAGACUUUCCUGUUAAACUGUAGUCAUAUUGACCUAUUGAUGAAAGAAAAUUAUGAAAUACAUAUACUAGUACUGCUCUGGUAGCCAUUAUGUCCAAGAGGUAGCUGUUUGUUGUGUUGCCAUUGCCGCCAUCUCAUUUAACUGUACAUUGCCAAGUUUUAACUGUAAAUAUUACAUGAUGCUCAAAUAUUAUUUAUGAAUAAAACAAAUGAAAGAUGAAAA